AUGCAUGGAAACUGGAUCAUAGGUUUUCGCAGAACAAUGAGACCAAUGCAGAGUAUGGAGGCUGAGUUAUGGGCCCUUCGUGAUGGAUUACAACUAGCAUUGGACAGGAAAAUUACUCCAAUUUAUGUUGAAAUGGAUGCCCUUGCUGCUGUCCAAUUGAUCAUGGGAGUUGAUCAACCCCGACAUUUCCUAAGUAAUAUUGUUCAUGAUUGCAGAUUCUUGAUGAGGAAGCUAGGAGUGGAGAAGAUUGAUCAUAUAUAUCGAGAAGGAAACAAAUGUGUUGAUGCUUUAGCUAACAUGGCUUGUAAUCCUAUUUUAGAUUUUCGUAUUUUAGAUAUUGCUCCAACUUGUAUUAAUUCGCAACUACGCGACGCUUGUGGGGUUUCAUACCCAAGACUCUUGUAUGUUUCCUAA